AGUACUGGGCGCAUAGCAUGCUUCUGCUUUCUGCUGGAUCUGGCGUGUUCAGUGUUUGGCGAGCUUUCAGACACGACGCAGGCUCCCCCCAUAAAAUCCACCGUGAAAAAAGACAACCAUGUGUAUGUGUUUGAGUUUUGUUUGAGUGUUUGAGUGAGUUUGUGUCUGUGUGGCAGAGAGAGAGAGAGAGAGUUCAUCAAAGAUUCAACAACCUGCCCAACAACAACAACAAAAAUAGUUGAAUAAAUAAAUACCAAAAUCAAAAUAAAAUAAAAAAGUAAAAAGUUUAAUCCAAAUUCUUAAUAAAUAGCCAAAAGGUGGAAAAGCGUAUUAAAAAUGGCAUCAAAAAGAAGGUUCCAGGUGCCGUGUUGCAGCCGCUGCCGGUAAGCGCCACUUGUGAAGCCAUCGUGACACACAAAAGGACUGCUCCAUUGAAAAGGCAAUUGACGAAAAAAAAUACGAAAAAGAGGUAAAAGAGGUAAACUGCCAUAGAAAGAAGGGAAACACUAGAACACGAGGAGGAGAUGCGACGCUGCCGACGGUGACAGUGGCGCCACACCUGGACACCAUCUAGACACCAUUCCUCAGCUAGAUGACGGGCAGCAGCAGGAGCAGUCAAAGGCACGGCUCGAGGACAAACCGAUCAACGUGUCAACGAGAACGUCAACGUCAACGCGUCGAGGAGGAUGCAAAUUGUCGCAAACAAGUGCCACAGCUACAGCGACGACACCAGCAGCAGCAGCAGCAGCCAGAGGGAGCGCCAACCCAUUGAGGAGACGGAGACCCAACGCAGGGGCGCCCACCCCCACCCACAACAUGGCGGACGCGGAGGAUAGCAACAGUGGGGCGAGUGGGAAGGGGGGACAGGAGUCGAUGCGUCUCCUAACAAAAAUAGACAAGGCCGUCUCCACCAACGACAUCCUGCUGGACCUGCAGCGCGCCCUCACCUAUGAGGCGGUGUUCAGCACUUUGGUGGAGCACAAGAUGCAGGCAUUGAAGCGCGACUACGAGGAGCACAAGAGGGCCAAGCGGGCUAAGAAACGGAAGUCCAUUGGCCGCAUCUUUCUGCCCCGCAAGCUCUUCGGUGGCGGUCGCCGUGGCAGCCGGGAAGAGGACUCAGCCGCAGCGCCCGCGGAGGAGCCACAAACGCCAUCUGCAAAAACCAUAGCCAAGGUAAGAACAAAACCCAAAGGCAGGGGCAAGCCUCAGGAUGACAUCGAAGUGGCUUCGGGUUCGGUGGACGCCUCGCUGCGCUUCGACGGGAAGAGCGCGGAACCGCUGGAGGAUAGCCUGGCCAGCAACUCGCUGAGCAACUCGUCGGGCCCGGGGCCGGGCCGCCAAGCCAUACACAGCCACAGCCUUCUGGUCCACGCCCAGACCCAUACCCCGGCCAAGACGAACCUGCCACGACGAUCCGGCAGUUCAGAGGAGGAAAACGACGAGGAGGAUAGGGUACGCCCGGCCCCCCUGGCCAAACAUUCCACAACGACGACCAACGGCGAGUCUGAGCUACUGCCUCCGGUUGGCUCCGGCUACGAUAAUACCUCGACGACUGCCACAGCAACUGCCACGGUGAUAACUGCGGAGCGUGGUGGCGUCCUGCACAGCUCAACACUGGCGGACGACAGUCUGACCGCCUCGUUGCGCGGCAGCAUCGAGAGCCUCUCCUACUCCAGCUCCCGCUGCACCGUCAGCUUUGGGGGCGCGGAGAUCAUCGCCGUUGCCGGCCUCGAUGCGGACACACGGGAGCGGGUGCGACUGGCCAAGCGACUGCGCAUCCUGGAGGCCAAGUCGAUCAGUGCCCAGUGCAGUCCCAUCUUCCCGAGGCACGUGGUGCGCUCGUUCCCGCUACAAGCACCCCAGCAAGCGCGCCUGCACAUCAAUGUUCCCUCCAGUCUGGCCAAGCAGCCUUCGCCGCCACCUCCACCGCCGCAUGUAGCCGUGGAGAUUGAGACUCCUACCGCAGCUGCUGCCGCUCCGACUCCUGUUUUGCUGCCACAACGCAAGCGACUGCUGCGCAAGCAAAUCUCCUGCACGGAUAGCGCCGGCAUGGGCGGUGGGGCCAGCGAAUUCGAGGGGGCGGCCUUCUCGCGCUACUUUUCCCGCCAAAACACCUCGGAGGACAGCGCCAACGUGACCGUGAGCACGGUGCUGGCCCAGAGCGAUUCGCAAUCCCUGCACGCCACGCCCAGCUACGCGAACACGCCCACGUCUACGGCCGGAAGGGAACAGGAGCGCCUCAAGUCGCGCAGCACCGGACUGCUGGCCGUUCGCCCACCAGCCAUGGGGCUCGACACAGACGCAGUGAUCAUUCCCAUUGAGAACGAGGGGGAGAACAGAGGGGCCAAGGCAGGGCCUGCACCGGCAGUGGCCCAGGAGAGGCUGAACCGGAUGACCUCCACCUCCACGGGCUCCAGUGUGGCACCCACGGGAUGCUGCAGUGCGGCCAAGACGGCGGCAUCGCGGGCAAAAGAGAAGCCCAGAGAAGGCCAGAGUCAGAGCCACGGCUAUGGUCAAGGACAGGGACAGGGACAGAGGCAGGGAUUCAAACCCACGCUGCCAUCCUCCGCUGCGGCCGCGACUGCGAUGGCGGCUCAGAGCACUGGCAGCGACGACGAAUACCGACGACGGAAGCGGAAGUACAAGCGCCAUCAUCGCUGCUCGGAUCCUGCACUGGUGUACCCCACGCCCAGUGGUCUCCAGCAAUAUGUGCACGUGCUCGGCCUCACCCCAGGCUCACAGGCCAUACAAUGCCCGUACGGUGAGGACUCGCCGUGCGACCUGCAGCUGGACAUGGAGCUGGAUCUGGACACAGAUGCUGAUAAAAUCGACGACCUUGAACAGAUGGUCCCCGGCGGUCAUCAGCGGCAUCGACGCAAGCAUCGGCAUCGCCACAAAAAGCGUCAUCGGCACAAAAAACCCAAAAUACUUGUACAGGACUUGGACACGGAGGUUAUUAAGGUGAUUGAUCCACACGAUUUGUCGAAGCGCGCACGAUGGACAAUCAUUGCCACCGCCUGUUUGCUUUUGCUCAUGUGCCUCAUGCUGAUUGGGGUCACGCUGCGCAUGGCACCUAUCAUCGAUGAUAUGGUCCGGCAGGAGAACGAGCGGAACAUACGGGAGAACAUGGAGCGCACGCGGAUGAUGAAGAACCGAACGGAGCUGAUGCUGCAGCGCCAACAGUUGAUGCACGUUCCAUAACAACCGAGCAGGAGCAACAGCAGCAACGGCAGCAGGAGCAGCAGGAGCAGGCCACAAUAAGCAGGCGGAGGGAAGGAAGUGACACCCGCCGAGUGGGGCAGAUGCCACCGGAUGAGAUACCGCAACAAGAUGGCUGUGUGUCAGAAGCGGCAACAAGAGUUGUGGCAGUCAAACAGGGGAAGUACUCUUUCCUUCCUUCUUCCAGGUGCCCUGCUAUCUUCCCCCACCCCCCCUACACACACAAAUGUUAUGCGCACAAAGGUAAAAUAAUAAAACAAACAAAAAAAAAACAAAUCAAAGGAAUGGAGGAGCAGCACUCCGAAGUACUCGAGAAAAACAAAAUGAAGGCUUCUGCCUCCCCCAGGAGAAAUCACUUUUUUUGUAUCUAAAUGAAAGGUGAGAGGAGAGAGGAGAGAGCAGCAUCCGGUUAGAUGCACACCAUUGUUAGACGAUCAGAGGAGUCGCGAAUUGAACUAAAGUAAACGUUAAACAUUAAACAUUAAACAUUAAACACUAAUGAUUAAACAUUAAACAUUACACAUUAAAGUAAAACCAAAAGUGAUCCAGUCUAGUGCUAAGUAAGAGUCAAUAGUCAAAAAACGUUGUUAGUAGAGUUGCUGCAAUGGCAUUGUAUGUACAAUAUAGUAAAUGUUCAGGUACAGUCCGAUCUGGUUUGCCCACGAAAGAUUAAUUUUUCGAUUUGCUUUAAUGAUGAUUUUCUUUUGAUGUAUUCCCAGAACGCACCGGAAAGGACUGUCUUGUUUGUAUCGUAAUUGUUGUGCUUGGGGCUUGAUCCCUCGAUGAGAUUGAGGAGCGACGCCACCACUUCCCUUAACAAGAAAAUUGAGCCAAGGUUUCGAUUGUUCAGUUCGGAUUAACAAAAUGGUUUCAAUUUUUUCUUUGCUCAAGUUGUCCCAUUUGGUUUUUCCUCCUCGAACGGGUGGCGUCGAUAGGAAACUAAAGUUGGUCAAUAAACCUAUAGUUAUGUGUAUUUGAAACUAAGUUGUUAACUGAAACAAGUACUCCCAAAUAAAUGUUAAAGAAAGAAGUAAAGCAAAACACACGACACGAAUCGAAACGAAACGAAAAGUUUUUGUAAAUCUAAGAAGAACAGGAAGAGGAACUAGGAAAAGGCAAAGGAAACUUACAGUACGAGUAUUCCAGAGAUACAUUUCGAAUAAAUACAAUUUGCAUAAUGAUAACAAUAAUUCUAAUACAAUGCAUAGCUGGAAAAUCCCAAGGGAGCGGAAUAUUCAAUAGUUUCAUUCGCAUUUGGAGCGAAGAAUCGGGGAGAAUAAUUUUUUUUGUGUAGCAUAACUAAAUAACUAAAUAGCUAACUAAAUAGCAGACGAGUAAAUAAAUGUUAGUAAAUUAGCGUAUCGAUGUGAAACGGUUACUUAAGUGCAAAACGAGCUUGUUGUCGAAUUAAUUUUAAAUGGCAUUACAUUAAGUGAAACUAAGCUAAAAGGUUAAAUGUUUUUUUAGGUGUUCAAUGUUGAAAUUAAUUUGUGGCCCAAGGGGCAGACUCUCGAAUUCGCAUUGCCCCGGUCAGGUAUACAUACAUACGAGUAUAUAUGUACAUACAUACGAGUAUAUAGUAGUAGGUACUAUAUAUUUUCAUAUUUCCUAUGCUAACUGAGUUGCAGGUUUGACGAAAAAUUUAGCUUGAAGCAAAAUUCUAUCGGUUUCAGCUUUGGACAGCUUGCAAGACCCCCUAGACCACCCCCCUACCCCCCGUCUACCAGUUCCCUUUGAGUGUUUCGCCAGGCGGCAAACAUUUUCCAAAGGUUUUGUGCCCGAAUCUGUUGCGGGCAGUCAAUUAAUUGGAUCUAAACAGAUGAAGAAAACGCAGACGGUCCGCGGGGCUUACCAUAUGUACAUACACACACAUGCAUAUGCAUAUACGUGUAGGAACACAGACAUACGGAAACACACAUUGGUGUUUCAGGGGGGGAGAGGUGUUCAGUUAAGGAAAUGAAAAGCUUUAAAUUAGCUAAAUACAAUUUCAGAAAUAAACAUUGAAAUUGCAUUAAACCGGAUCGGUGUUGAGAGCAUUACCAGUGCGAUAGAAACAAAAAACAACACACAAACACACAGACACACCGACACAAGCACAGAUACAGAGAUAAACAGAUUUAUAAGAUUUGCAUUUUGGUCAAGGAAUCAAUUUCACAUUUGACCAGACAUGAAAUAAUGACAAGACACAACACAAGAGAAAAAGUACGAUACUUAGUAAUGGCAUUUAGGGGGAUUCAGACAGGGAAAUGGGAAAUGGCAAAUGGCAGCUGGUUGUACGAGUAUGUAUUAACUAGGUUUGCAAAACUAAUUUAAACCGUGUGCUAAAGCAAACGCAUGAUGCAUGAUCCAUGAUCCAUGAUUCAUGAUUCAUGAAGCGAAGAGUCGCCAGAAAGGAAACCAAAAACAGUUAAUAGCUAAAAUAAAUUGUCUGUAAUUAUGCGUAGAGCUAUGUAAGUGUGUAAAUUGUAAGCUGAAUUAUUAUACAACAAUAAAUAAAACUAACUACAGCCGAGGCGAAUCCAGUGAGGGGUGUUCGUACUCGUACUCGUACAUUCUGGAAAUACUCAUAACAAACGCAAACAGAAUAUUAAUUAUUACAACAAUCAAAAUUGUUUCCCGCAAAAUCAAACUUUUUAGCCUUUGAACGAGAGACUUUGGUGCCCAAAUCCAUUUUGAGCAAUUAUUUACAAUGAAAAUACGAACACAAAGAAAACACACACUCACACACACCCAAAUGUAAAUAGGAAAGCGGAAACGGAUGGGAAAAAAACAAUAAAUGAAUACACCGCAUAAAUAAACAUUAAAUUAAUUAACAACUGAAAUAAAAAUUCAAAAAAAACCGAAAAGAAACACAACACAUACGCGAAAAAAACUGAUAAAACUUCCAACUUGACGCAAAGGAAUCAACUUUAACUGUUAAUUGUUGCUCAAAAUAAACAUAAAAGUGAAAAUAAAUGAAAAGUAAAGCAAAUACAAUGCAUAAAUAAAUAUAAACGAAAAAAUGAAGAAAAAAAAAUAAAAUACAUUUGAACGCAUUCGACGUUUUAUUCAUCAAGCAGAAAAUGUUGAAUCAAAAGCGAAAGCGAAAACUAAAACCAAAAUCACAGUUGUGUCACAUGUGUAGUAUAUCUCAGAAUGUAUUUGUAAUUGGAAAAGUAUUGAAAUGCGCAACAAGAAUUCAAAAAACAAAUGAAAAUAAACUGAAUUUACAAAUGGAA